AGUCCCUGUGUAAUAAGAAAUUAAAUUACAUCAUUUGUUAUUAAGCAUGAAACGAGUUCACGUAGAAAAAGAUUGUAAGUUUAAAUAUGGCAAUUAUAACAGGUAUUAUGGUUAUCGAAAUGAAAACACUGAUGUUGAUAAAAGAAUUUCUUUACUCCAAAAAGAUUGGUUUGAAGGCAAAUCAUGCUUGGAUAUUGGUUGUAAUGUAGGACAUAUUACUUUAUAUAUUGCAAAGUUUUUUGAGCCAAAACAAAUUAAAGGUGUUGAUAUUGAUUUUAACUUAAUUAAAGCUGCUCGUGCAAACAUACUUCAUUAUAUUGACAACAAAAACUCUGAAAGUCGGAAGGUUAAAAAAAGUAAUGAACCAAAUGAAUCUAAUCAAAAAAACAGUAAAAUUAAUCAAAUAGAAAAUGAAUCUUUAAUAAUUAAUGGUGAACAACUAAAUUGUUGCUGCUUUGAAAAAAAAGAUGAACAAUUAUUACAAUUACAUGAAGAUGUUACAAAGUGCAAGCAUGAUAAAAAUAGUUCAUCCAACUGCAUUCACAAUGGCAAUGGAAAUGUGCAAGCAGAACACCUAAAAAGAGAAAAGAAGUUUCCAUACAAUGUCACUUUCAUUACUGAAAACUUUGUACCAUCAUCUGAAAAUCUUUUAAAAUAUACAAAAGAAGAGUAUGACAUUAUUAUUUGUUUGAGCGUUACAAAAUGGGUGCAACUGAAUUCAGGAGAUGAAGGUUUGAAACUUAUGUUUCAUAAAAUAUUUAAACUACUUAAUCCUGGCGGCAAAUUGCUUUUGGAACCCCAACCAUACAAAUCAUAUAAACGAAGGAAAAAUCUGUCGACUGAAAUUCGUAAUAAUUACGAUAAUAUUAAACUUAAACCGGAGGAUUAUAUUAAUUUCUUGAUGUCUGAAGUUGGUUUUACAUCAUUUACACAACUUGACACACUCAAGCAUGACAAACAAGGUUUUGAAAGACCGGUAUAUCUCCUAACUAAAGCUUCGACAGUAUUGUAAAAGAGCUAUCAUAUGAAAGAUUAUAACAAAGAAUAUUUUUUUCAUAUAUAUGUGCAUAAAUAUUUAGUAACUUUCCAAAAGCUGAUUUGCAGUAAACGAAAAUUUUAUCAUUAAAAAUAAAUACAUUACGUAGUAUCAUUUAUUAAGCA